CCUUUGUCCCGGCGGCACCCCCACUCUGCAUCCUGCCGUCCCUUUUUCCCUUCGUCGGAUCCAUUAACCGGCAGCAACUCGAGCCGCCGCCCUUGACAUCCUCGUCUCUUCCGCAUCUCUCUCUCUCUUGCUCUUCGUCUCACUCGGGCCGUCAGCGCGCACGCUCCUCUUCUGCGCAACACGGACUUUGCGACGACAUUCAACUCGCCGCCGACGCCGCCGUCAUCGUCGUCUUCAACUUUCCCCCACCACCAUCCAUCCGUCCCCACAACAUCAAACUUGCAGCAAUAACCAACUCUUCCACACUCGUUUAACCACCUCUCUCCUCUCCCUCUGGGCCGUACACCCCAUCCACCCAUCUCGACAAUGUACGCAGGCUUCGUUUACGACUUUCUCAUCGUCUUCUGGCGCCUCGUCGUGCUCAACAUCUUCUUCCGCGAGAUCAGGCCACGAGGCGCUUGGAACAUCCCCAAGACGGGCCCCGUCAUCUUCAUCGCCGCUCCUCAUGCCAACCAGUUCCUCGACCCCCUCCUCCUCUUCACAGAGGUUAGAAAGGAGUCGGGCCGCCGCGUGUCCAUGUUGACCGCGGCCAAGAGCAUGGAGCGCGCCUUCAUUGGCUUCAUUGCCCGCCUCUUCAACAGUAUCCCCGUCUCUCGCGCUGCCGACUAUGCCAAGACUGGCGCCGGCACUGUCCGCCUGUCCGACGACUCGCCCCACGUUCUCCUCGGCAAGGACACAAAGUUCACGACCCAGGUCAAGCCCAGAUCGCAGAUCGUCCUCCCCAAGAACCUUGGCUACGCCACCUGCGCCAUCGAGGAGGUCAUCUCGGACACGGAGAUCCGCAUCAAGGGCGAGUUCACCGUCCCCUCCAAGGACGGCAACAGCAACAUCAAGGCCACGAACCGCGUCCGCGAGGGCCAGGGCGAGGGCGUCGGCUACAAGAUCCUCCCCCACAUUGACCAGGACAAGACCUUUGGCGCCGUCUUCCAGGCGCUCAACAAGGGCGGCUGCAUCGGCAUCUUCCCCGAGGGCGGCUCGCACGACCGCACCGACUUCCUCCCCCUCAAGGCUGGCUUCUCCAUCAUGGCCCUCGGCGCCAUGGCCACGCACCCCGGCCUCGACGUCAAGAUUGUCCCCGUCGGUCUCUCGUACUUCAACGCCCACAAGUUCCGCUCAAGGGCCGUCGUCGAGUUUGGCACCCCUAUUACUGUUGACGCCGAGCUCGUCGCCAUGUACAAGCAGGGCGGCGCCAAGAAGCGCGAGGCAUGCGGCAAGCUCCUCGAGCAGGCCCACGACGGUCUCCGCGCCGUCACCCUCCGUGCCCCCGACUUUGAGACUCUCCAGGUUAUCCAGGCCGCCCGCCGCCUCUACCGCGUCCCCGGCCAGCACCUCUCCCUCGGCCAGACUGUCCAGCUCAGCAAGUACUUCAUGGAGGGCUACCUCCACUACCAGCACGAGCCUGGAAUCAUCGAGCUCCGCGAGCGCGUCCUCAAGUACAACCGUCUCCUUCGUGACAUGGGCAUCGCCGACCACCAGGUCGAGCGCGCGUCUAACCGCUCUAUCCAGUCCCUUCUCCUUCUCCUCUACCGCACCGGUCUCCUUCUCUGGUGGGGUCUCCUCUCCCUCCCCGGUGUCAUUCUCCACGCCCCCGUCUUCAUUCUCGCCAAGGUCAUCUCUCACAAGAAGGCCAAGGAGGCCCUCGCCGCCUCGAGCGUCAAGAUCCAGGGCCGUGACGUUCUCGCCACCUGGAAGGUCCUCGUCUCGCUCGCCGUCGUCCCCGCCCUCUACCUCGUCUACACCAUCACCGCUACCGUAGUCGCCUACAAGUACGACCUCUUCCCCACCUGGCGCCAGUGGCUCCCCGUUGUCAUGUUCUGUCUCCUCCCUUCGCUCGGCUACGCCGCUCUCAAGUUUGGUGAGGCUGGCAUGGACGUCUUCAAGUCGCUCCGCCCUCUGUUUCUCUCGCUCUGGCCCGGAAACCAGCGCGAGGUCCGCAAGCUCAAGGAGAUGCGCGAGGAGCUCAUCAACGACAUUUCCGAGAAGGUCGCCGAGUUCGGCCCCAAGCUCUACGAAAACUUUGACAAGACCCGCAUGCUACCCAACGCCACGACCCAAAAGUCCAAGAAUGUCGAGUCUUCGGUCCUGUCGCACCCCAUUCUCUGGCUCGACGAGCGCAUCUUUGGCUGGAACCGCAGGGGUUCGGCCAUCGAGUCCUGGGAGCAGUCGCCCGGUGGCCGCUCCGAGCCUCCUACCGCUCCCGGCAGUCCCCACGACUCGGACGUUGAGGAGGAGGACCCCGAUGUCGACUACGAUGACAUUCUCGCUGUCGUCGAGACCAAGCGCCGCAACGGCGGACCUGCCUCGCCCCGCAAACGUGCUGGCCGCUCCUACAGCGACCUCACCCAGGCUCGCCUCCAGCCCACGACCCCUUCAUCUCCUCUGGCCCAGAACCCUCUAAGCCUCGCUGGCGCCGACCUCGAGGACGGCGAGGGUGAGGGUGGCCUGCGCCUGCGUUCCAAGAAGACGAAUGGCAACGCUCUCGGCCUUGACGUGGCAAAGUAACGUUUACCUCUCCAUCUUAUUACGCCGCAAACGAAUACUAGUUUUAAAUAGCACGAUGGCUCAUUUUUCAUAUGCAUUCUUCUGGGAAUCGUUAAGCCUGUCGGGGUG